AUGAGUAGGACUGUGCGAAAGAAGAAUAAAAACAUGAAAGAUCCUGAAGAUGGGGAUAAUGUAGAAAAAUACAGUGAUAACAACGAAGAACUGCCGGACGGAAAAGAACGAUGGUCUUGCCCAGCCUGUUGUAAACAGGGACGAGUUACCCGAAGCGGAUCCACAUGCGGUGCUCGUUCAGAAACCACUGCUCCUUUACAACCAGAUCAGUCUACCCCUACCGACACUCUCACCCUUAUACUUAACCAAUUAUCAACUAUGGCCAGUGACAUAAAGGAUAUUAAGAACUCUCAAUCUCAACUCAGAACUGAUGUUGCUUAUUGUAGAAACUUGCUACAGCAACAUUCGGACUCGAUCUCUCGGCAUGAUGACUUAAUAGCGGCCUGCGAAACCAACAUACAAAAUAUCCAGGUUACUCAAACAGAGCUGUCUUCUAACAUUGCUAAUAUUGAAUCGAGACUUGCAAGAUCUAUGGAGAUGAUGCACUCAGGCAACGGCGCUUCUUCUACCCCUAUUGCCCCAAGCUCCCAAGCUGAGACAAUGGAGUUAUUUAGACGUUCCCACAAUAUCAUUCUGAGGGACAUAGCUGAAGCCCUUGAAAACGUUUGUUACUGUUCCGUUGAACAAAUAAAGAUGAAGACACUAUACCAUCGUUUUUCUGAAGAAAAAGUUCUUCACUUCAUCAGAAACAUGGAAACACAAAAUGCCAGUUCCAUGGAUGUUAUGCUCGAUAAGAAGAAACAAGAAAUAAUGGAAAACAAUCGAAAGCGUCUAUACCCAAUAGUGAAAACAAUCCUUUGUUGUUCACGUAAUAAUUUGCCAUUGCGGGGACAUAGAGACACCGGUGACAUGAAGACUGCAGAAAAACAAGAUACCGCCCUAUCAGGCCAAGAAGGAGUUUUUCGAGCGCUUUUGGCAUUUCGUGUAGAAGCAGGUGAUAAUGACGAGACAGCAUUUGAAUACGGCACCCAAAAACUGCACAAUAAUCAAGUAACACGAUCCAAAACAAAGUUAUCAAUACCAUACGACAAACGAUCCUGUCAAAAGUAA